AUCAACCCCCGCUCACAGUGGUGAUUGACAGCUGCCAGCAGUAGAGUCAGUGUUAUGUCUGACAGCUGUUGGAGGUGAAUCCUGGAGGUACGGCAGCUGAGAGUGUCACCAGGUGUUUAUUCUUCACUUUUACCGGUAGCACUAACCGACGCGGCGGAGUGAUCGUACACGCGUGUGGCGCGGAGCUCCAGGAGGAGGAUGAGACGGAGAGAGACGCCGGCUGAGAGCGCUCGAGUUCGGCUUCGCUCUUCGAAGUUUCCCGCAGACACUGACGCGCGUUUGUUUACUUUCCCGCCGUGUGUGUUUAUGAGCGCGGCCCGUCGCUCCAGCGCUCCGCCGGCGUUAUCAGGAACGUUUUGUCCGGUUUAUGGUAUGUUAUCCAGUCAGAUAAGUGGAACCGCCGCGGGGAAGAGCGCGAGCGCUGUGCUGAUGAACAGCGGGGUCCGGUCGGGGUUCGCGGGAAUGCUCGGAGGGAACCCGGGCUCCAGAGGAGGCGUCAGAGCGGGAAACGCGAGCUUGCUGGGACUCGGUCAGGGGAUGGUCGGGAGGUUCGAGCCGGAUAAAGCGGGACCCCCGCACGGCUGCAGCGGCUCGGACAUGGACUCUGACUCGGGCGAUGAGGACGAGCUCGCCGGCCGGAGGGUAGGAGGUGUCAAGCGGGAGAGAGCGGAGAUGGAGGCGGCGAUGGUCGCGCAGGAGGCCGGGUUACCCUCACUGGUCACGGCCGGAGCGGCCGGAGCGAAACCCGGUAAGAAGACGCGUGGAAGAGUGAAGAUAAAGAUGGAGUUUAUAGACAACAAACUGCGGCGGUACACGACCUUCAGCAAGAGAAAGACCGGCAUCAUGAAGAAGGCCUACGAGCUCUCCACGCUCACAGGAACACAAGUCCUGCUGUUAGUGGCCAGCGAGACGGGUCACGUCUACACGUUUGCCACGCGCAAACUGCAGCCCAUGAUCACCAGUGAGACGGGAAAAGCUCUGAUCCAGACCUGUCUGAACUCUCCGGACUCUCCGCCGCGAUCGGACCCGUCCACAGACCAGAGGAUGAGCGCCACGGGCUUCGAGGAGACGGAUCUCACCUACCAGGUGUCCGAGUCAGAAAGUCUCGGUGAAACCAAGGACUCUUUAAAGCCGACCUUCACCGUGGCCAGUCUGCCGGGCAGCAGCAGCUCUCAGACCACCGUACCCACCACCUCCACCAGCAUGCAGGUCACCUGCGGCCCCACCUUCCCCAUCACCAACUACCUGGCACCCAUCUCUGCCGGCGCCAGCUGUAACUCCAUCGCAGGAGCCAACGGUACGGUUCUGAAGAGCGCAGGAGCGUCAGGAGGAGUCAUGCAGAUACCCGGUGGAUUUACCUUCAUGUCAGGCACUCCGUUUGCGCCCGGGACUUCCACCAUUCCUCUGGGUCAACUGCAGCAACAUUCACUCGCCCUGCAGAGUUCACUGGGUCAGACCGCCUCAUCCGCCCUAAACCACCCGCAACAGAACCAACAAGCUGUGUUCCGCCUGCCCGCCACCGUUUCCCUCGCCGGGGGUGCUGUACCCCAUCAGCUCCAGACCAUACAGGUUCAGCCCAGCACUCAGUCUGGAUCCAUCAGCACCAGCGACAGUGGUCCAGAGAGCAGCACCGCAUCCACCGUUAGUCUCCCAGCAACCAUUGUCACAUCAUCAGUGCCCACCUCUAUGGCAGGUCACAUGAUGUAUUCCAGCCCGCACACGGUCAUGUAUGCGUCAGCCCCUACACUCACAGACGGGGGUCUGGCUGUACUCAAUGCCUUCUCACAGGGCCCGUCUGCAAUGCAGGUGUCCCACGCACAAUCCCACGACACAGGUGGUGUUUCUCAGGUGUUUCUCACGGCGUCUCCUGGCACCGUUCAGAUUCCCGUCUCAGCGGUUCAGCUUCACCCAGUACGGCAAGAUCAGCAUUUCACAAAUGGUGAUUGGUCAACAGUCCAGCGGCAGCAGUAACCUGACGGAGCUUCAGGUCGUCAAUCUAGACGCCUCACAGAACGCCAAGAGCGAUUGACCGUUCAUAAAACCGACAGAGACUAACAGUGUUAUUUAUGAAUGCCUUUCUACGCUUUUCUACAGUUUGUCAUCAGUGUGUGUGACAACAGUUUCUACUGUACGCGUGCGCGUGCGCGUGUGUGUGUGAGUGAAUGCAGAUGAAAUCGGGCUUAGAUGCCACUUUGUGUUGAAGUUGUGCUUCACGUAUGCGAGUUGUGUUGCGUGUGAGCGUUUGGCUUGAGGGACACUGGGUAAUAUUUCUGUUAAUUUAACUUUUAGUGAAAACAAGACAAAAACACAUUUGGAAAUGUACAUAACCUAUUUUUUAAUAUUGGAGAUUUGUUUCGCCUGUUUGUGUGAUGGCAUGUAGCUGUUUUUAUAGAUAUUUUGUACUCAACAUGUAAAUGAAUGUAAUGUAAACAUAUUAUAUUGAUUUAUACACAGUGCCAUGGUGAAAAAUGUACAAGUUAGUUUCGGAUUCUGUUGAUCUCUUAUGUAAAAUGAUUGUGUCAAAUCACCUCUGAGAAGUGAAAGAGAGAGAGAGAGAGAAUGUAUUUAUUCCUCCCGUCGUGUAACACACUGAUGCCUUCAUCUGGAGCUGCAGACCCACAUCAAACUCAACUCAAUCAGUGUGUAUCCUGUCCUUCAAACCGCCUGUCAAUCAAACCGUAUCUCUACAGUCAGCUGGCAACAUCACGCUUUUGUGUGUUUUUAUAUCAUGUGUUAUGUUUUGAAGGGAUUUGUCAAGAAAAAUAUUCGGUAUUGGUAUAUGUUUUUUUUCAUCAUCUGAGGUCUCUUUCAUUCGUCUCUUCACAUCAGCUUCUGAGUUGACAGAAAAUCUUUAUUUCUGACAUCAUAUGAAAUGAGUCUGGUUUAUUUUGUAUAAUGUUUGUUGUUGAACAUUUGGUAUGUAAUAAAUGCGGAAAGAUGAGUUUUUUUUUCAUAUUUAUGUCUUCAUCUUCUCGGUUUAUAAAAGAUUUGAAAUUGAGUUAAUUUGUUUGAAAUGGGUUUUGAAGUAGGUUAGUUUGAUAAUGUUGAAGUUCUUCUGUUGUGAGAUCAUGUGUGAUGUUUAUUUUCAGACACAUUUUUAUUAUUAAAACGCAUCUUGUCAAGACUGGAUUCCACCCCUUCUUUUCAUACAACGUUUAUAAUUGAAACAAGAAAUUAAACACUUUUAAACUGUUUAUAUCUAAUACAAUAAAAAUA